ACGUGCUGCGACAGCUGGUGGUUAUUGCGCGUGGUAAUGCACGUGCGACGCCCAGUUGAGAGUGAGCAGAACCUGAUUCCUCUUGCCUCUCCACGCUUGAGAGCAGCUAGCGAGAGUGUUAAAAAGAAGGCGGAGGGGCCUCUUCUCUAUCUAUCCCUCUCAUUCUCUCUCUUCGUGGCUGUCAUGCCGGUGCCUGCUCUUAUCUUGGUAGUUUUGGCGGCGGUUGCGUCGUUUCUUGAGUCCAGCCGGCUACUGGUGGUCGCCGAUGAUUGUCCUCUCGAUAUGACUUGGUCCAACUUUACAUGGGCAGCAUCUGCAUGUUCAAGUCAAAAUGAAAGAGCAAAAUGUUGUCGCUAUCUUAAUGCUUUUGUUACUGUUUCUGUGGCUCGUUAUGCAAAUACAACAGGCAAUUUCGGGGUGCCAUCAGCAUUAAAUGAUGUCUGCCUCAACUAUGUAACACAAACAUUUCUAUCAUAUGGGAUUCCUCACAAUGCCACCUUGUUCUGUGGAAUAGGGCCCAAAAUUCAUGUCUCUUAUCAGUGCCAGGGGAUAACAAGUGGAUCAGAAUUUCUACAGACUCCUAAUUUUGAAGAUGUCAUCCGAAACUGCAAGAUGCCACUUUCGAUAGAAAAUAGCUGCAGGAGAUGCGUAAACUCUAGUAUUAUUUUCCUUCACCAUCUUAUUGGAGCACUGGAUAAUGUUACCUUAAAUACCUGCCGUGAUGCGGCUUUUGUUGCACUUGCAAACCAAGGUGAUAAUGCUUCGGCUAUUGAUCUUGCAAGCUGCUUCUUUAGUAUCAAAGAGCUUCAAAUCCUACCAGUGAUUGCUCCCCAGCCAUCAUCUCAACAAAUUUCACCUGCACUAGCUCCAACUAUAGUGUCGGCAGAAGCUCCUCAGCAGCUAACUGGUUUCCCUAUUAAGCAGCAUCGUCGUGGUACUUUACGGCUAGCAUUGUUUCCAGGAAUUGGCAUCAUGGUCACCAGUCUUGCAAUUGUGCUAGUCAUUAUUUUGAUACUACUUAUUCGUAAGAAGAGCGGGGAACUAAAAUCUGCAGAAACCACACACUCAAAAACAUGUGAUGUGUUCCAUCAAUCACACCUUCGCAAAUAUCAGGAAGGUUCAUCAAUCAUUUGUCAAAGAUUCAGAUACAACGAAAUAAAGAAAGCAACAAACAAUUUCAGCAAUAUUAUAGGAAGAGGUGGAUUUGGGACAGUCUACAAAGCACAAUUUGCUUAUGGCACUAGUGCUGCUGUGAAGCGGAUGAACCCUGUUGCAGAACACCACAAGCGUGUUUUUUGUCGAGAAAUGGAACUUCAUAGCCGACUGCAUCACCGGCAUCUUGUUGCUUUCAGAGGUUUCUGUGUUGAAAGAUGUGAGAGGUUCUUGGUAUAUGAAUACAUGGAAAAUGGAAGCUUGAAGGACUAUUUACACUCAUCUGAGAAAACUCCAUUGACUUGGGAGAUCAGAAUUCAAAUUGCCAUUGAUGUUGCCAAUGCUCUGGAGUAUCUUCAUUUCUACUGUGACCCGCCGCUGUGCCACAGGGAUAUAAAGUCGAGCAACAUUCUCUUGGAUAAAAAUUUCCUUGCAAAGGUUGCUGAUUUUGGUCUUGCACAUGCAUCAACAAGGGAUGAAAGUGUUACUGCAUCAGUGAAGUUGUACAUUCAUGGCACUCCAGGGUACGUAGAUCCUGAGUACGUGGUGACACGGCAACUCACUGAGAAGAGCGAUGUAUACAGCUACGGCAUGCUACUUUUAGAACUAGUGACUGGGAGGCAUGCAAUACAAGACAAUCGUAAUCUGAUUGAAUGGUCCCAACAAUUCAUUGAAACCAACUCAAAACUAUUUGGUCUGGUGGAUCCUAAGCUUGGGAAUUCAUUUGAUGAGGAGCAGCUUCAGGUAGUAAUUCGGAUUGCAAAAUGGUGCACACACAGAGAAGGCAGUGCAAGGCCUUCUAUGAAGCAGGUGCUGAAACUUCUAUAUGAAAGCUUGAGCCCAAUUCAUGGAGGACUUGUUGAGGCCAUGGAAGAUGAAGGCAGAUUCAGUGUCAGAAAGUCUGGAAAAGGUAUCAACGAAGAAGAUGAAGUUGUUCCUUACAGUGAUGAUGGUGGAAUAUGUCUUCAAUCUUCUUCAAGUACUACAACAAGAUCAUUUUGCAGUCGAAGUGUUCUAUUUGACUGUGGUUCGCCACAAUCUCCUUCAGGCAUCACCUCUACUUGAUUUCUAUUGCUUCUUUCUGUUUAUAGUUUUGUUUUCUCGCAGACUGACUUGGUUCAGUUUGUUUGAAAGAUUUAGGGUUUCAGAUUUUUUGGGAGGAUUUAUGUGAGUACUAGAAAAUUUUUAUGUAUUUAGAUAUCUAACAUUUAAAUCUUUAUAUUUAUUUAUAUAUCGUUUUAGCAUCUAUGUUGUGUAAAAUUAUAUGGAUGAAAAUAUGUGUUUUACUUUAAUUAAGUUAAUACUAGUGAUACUUUGAUGUUUUUUAGAAAUUUGAGUGUUAUAUUAGUAAAUAUAAAAAUGAAGAUGUUAAAUAUAUAAAUACAUAAAAGUUAUGGUAUAUAUGUAAUUCCUCCCUUUUUUUAAUGAUUUUGAUUUUUUUUUUAAUUUUUAUGUGGAUAUAAGUGUUGCAAUGAACAUUGCUGAGACAUUGCAUACAGUUUCUUCCAACAAUUUUGAUGUUGUAAUGAUUUGAUGAGAAUUGAACUCAAUUGUUAUGUA